AUGGCGCUGGCCACCCCGACAGCCGUGGUGCUGGAGCUGAUGACGAUGGGGCAGCAGUCCGCGGCGCACCUCAGGGAGCUUCUCCGGGCGGCGUCCCCGCCGGUGCAGGCGGAGCACCAGGCGCUCGCCGCGGAGAUCCUCCGCUGCUGCGACCGGGUGAUCGCCGCGGUGAGCGCGGGCGCCACCGAUAAAAAGAGGAAGGCGACGGACCCUGGCGCCACAUCCUGCCAUCUUCCCCUCGCCAUGAUGCCGUCCAAAAGAAGGGUGCGUGGGGCGGAGGCGCACAGAGAGGUCCAUGCCGACACGACGGCGGACGGGUUCGUGUGGAGGAAGUACGGGCAAAAGGACAUCAACGGAAGCAACCACCCGAGGCUCUACUACCGCUGCGCGCUCAGCGGCGAGGGCUGCGCCGCGACCCGGCGGGUGCAGCGGUCGCAGGAGGAGCCCGCGGCGUUCGUGAUCGCCUACUACGGCGAGCACACCUGCGGAGCCGCCUUCUGUCAGCAAAGGGCGGAGCCACUGCCUCCUACCGUCGUCGACUCAGGCUCAAACGCUUGGGGAGUCUUCGGUGCCGUCGACCGGAACAGGGGCUCGCCUCUGCUGCCGUCGCUCGGAGCCGAGCACAAGCACAGCGCCGUGCGCCGUCACGCCGAGGCGCCCGGUGACACGUCGCGGCGAUGGUCGUCGCCGUCGUCCUCCUCGUCCUACUCCUCCGAGGUGGAACUUGGUGCUUCUCCUGUCGAGGGGUUCCUCGAUGGCAACUUCGACUGGGAGUGGGAGACCGUCGUCAACUCGCUCAGCUUCGGCGAUCUGCUUCACUAG